AUGCAGGAAAGCUUCCGGCAAGAGACGGGACCAAGCAGAAAACGGCGAAAGAUACGGUCUCCCGAUGUGUUCAUAAGCCAUGCUGGCCCGGACAAGCUACACAUCGCACGUCUUCUUUCCCAGAAAUUGGAAGAUCAGGGUUUUAAUUGCUUCCUCGACAAAACCUCGCUAAAGACCGGGGGCCACGGACCGGAUACAAUGAAGAAGGCUAUGGAGUCUGCUAUGGUCGGCGUUUUCAUUCUUUCUCCCGAGUUUGCCGCUCGAAAAUGGACUAUGAGGGAGCUGCGCUGCUUCCUACGCCGACGGAGAGAAGCGAUGGCGCGCGGGAUGCUGCCACCGACAUUGAUUCCGGUAUUUUACAGACUAAGUAUUCGGGAAUGUAGAGAGUUGGAGCCCGACCGGUACCGGGAUAAGGAAGGAAAGAAUAUUUUUGAAGUGGAGAAAUUUUUUAGCGAGGAACGACAACGCGAGGCGAGCACGGAUAUGGUGAAGAGGGAGCUAAAAGAGCUGGCAGAUAUCACUGGGAUUGAGAAUGACGUAAGGGCAACUAACCUGCCGGGAGAUAAAUUCGGCCAUCUUGCAAGGGAACAUCUUGUUGAACAAGUAUUUCUGGAGGUGAAAAAGCUAGGUGAGGAGGAUUCGAGCGAUGUUGUGACAGAAGGCGUACAUGGCCCACUCGAGGAAGAGGCGAAGAGGAGCGACGCCAUUGGCGAUGCUCGUCAUCAAAUGCGUACUACAUCCGCGGAGAAGGACCCGAAGAAGGAUGGCUUCAAGGCUUCGUUUCAAGUGCCAAAGAACCCGGACCAUGUCAUACUGAAGUUUGGACGCAGUGAAGAUGCUGGCAACAGUACGGAACGUAUGACGGCUCCGGAAGAACGAUUGAGGCGGAGUGUUUUGCGUCCGGGAGACCGUCAAAAUGUUGGUGCUGUUGGAGCGCGCCGUGGAGGGGUUGUGGGGACGAAGGGGAUGGGAGGCAUCGGAAAGUCUUGCGCCCUACGCGGUCUGGCCUUGAAUGAAGAGGUUCGCAGCCGGUUUUGCGACGGUAUAUACUGGCUGGUGCUCGGUCAAGACGCGACAAAACGAGGAGUAAUGGAACAGCUGGCCCGCAUCACGAGAGAAAGCGGAGGGGAAACGCAAGCGAAGGCGGUGCGUGAAGAAAGCGUGCUAGAAUCUGCGGUUUCGAGGGUCACAGAGUGGUUCAAAGGGAAGACAAUUUUGUUACUUAUCGACGAUGUCUGGAGAGAAGGCAUGGUCGGGAGAGAAGGCAUAGCCGGGAGUAAAGUCAUGUCAAGACUGAGAGAAAUUGCGGAUGUGGAGAACAGCAGCCGUACAGCGUUCACAGCGCGAGAGUGGGGCGUGGUGGAGGGAAGCGAAGAAAUCCAAUUUUCGACAAAAGAAGAUGCUUCCUCUCUGGAAAUCUUGCUGAAGUCUGCUGACCUACAACGUGAAGAGGUUGAGGACCUGGGGGAUCAAACGGAUAGGAUACUGAGGUUUUGCGGUGGGCUUCCGCUUGCGCUGUCCGUGGUUGGCAGAGCGAUUGCGAGACAUCGUGAGAUUGCGAAAGAACUUUGUCUGAAAAAUGUGCUUGAUGAGUACUUGGAGUGUCUGGAAGAUACAUCGUCAAUACUAUUGGACGAAAGAGCGGAUGGGACGUACCUAUACGAGAACCUGUCAAUGGCGUUUGAAGUUUCGCUGUGCAUGAUGGAUCGAAAGAAGACCAGAGGAGAUGGGCAGUUGAUGUCCUACGCCGAGAUGUACGAGUCGCUGGUGGUCAUUCGGCGCCAAGGAUGGUUGCCGUUGAGUGUGCUCUGUUUGUUAUGGAGACGGAAAGGAAAAGCUCAGGCAUUGAAAGUGCUGCACGAAUUCGUGGAGGCCAGUCUAGUGGAACGAAAGGAUGGAGUGUUAAGUGGUCGCAACAUCGCCGGAGUCAGUUUGCACGAUUUGCAGCUCGAUUACGUGCAACAGAGAUGUGGGAAUGGGGGAGAGAAGAGGUGGCAUGAAAAGCUUGUGCAAGAAUGGCAAUGGAACGAGAGUGAGAACAGGCAAGAAGCGCCGCCGUGGGUUUGCGGGAGAGGGUGGAAGAAGGAUAUGGUGGAGGACGAGUAUUUCCGACACAACUUGUGCCGCCAUCUCAAGGGGGCGCAGCUGGGCGAGGAUUUGUGGGAUGUUUUGAGUGAUGCCAGGUGGGUGGCAGAGAAGUUAACUCGGGCAGAGGGGCUAAAUCUUCAAGAGGAUUUCAAGAUUUUGACGGACGUAGCCGGGGAAGACGGAGAACGGUGCGAAGCGGGAGGCAGGCUGUGGUCGUUGCAGAAGAUUGCUAGACAGGCGAGGUUGAGUGCGUCCUUUGUUCGUCGAAGUUCGAGAGAGGUAUGGUUUCAGCUGUACGAUGGUCUGUUGAGAUUCAGGAACGAGUCGGAAGUAAUUGGAGAGUUCUUACGCAGGAUAGAGGAAGUUGCGGAGAAGCCGUGGUUGAAGUCGCUUACACCUGGCUUGAACGUAUCAGGCGCGGUGCAACACAUAUUUCCGGACCAGGGGAGGGUGGUGGGAAUGUCGGGAUGCGCAGCUAAGAACGAAGUGAUCGCUUGGGGGGGAAUGAGGAGGCAUCUGUUUCGUCGGACAUUCCGGGACGGGGAAAUGGAAGAAAACGUGUCGUUUAAAGCGGGAUGGGGGAGCAAGCUUUGGUCGGAGAACGGAAAGUAUGCAGCGGUAGUACAGGAAGAUGGAACAAGCUUGCAGGUGUGGGAUAUGCAUACAGGAGCUACAGCAGAGCGAGUCGGACAGGAACUGGAUGUAGGGCACCUGGAUGUAGAGAGAUACAGUCGCCCUUUUGACUUGACGGGGGAUGGAAAGCGAGUAGCGUUUGGGAGAGAAGAUGGUGUGGUUGUGUUGUGGGAUGUUGAGAGAGGUGUGAAGAUCAAGGAGGCAGCGAAUAUGCGGGGCCAUGUUGUUAAGAAAGUAUCGCUUUCACCGGGCGGGAAACGGUUGGCGUGCACGGGAGAAUGCGGCUCAAACAUGUCAAUUUUGAUACUGUGUGCAGAGACAGGGGAGAUGGUUCGGGUGAUUGGCUUGCCGAGUAUUCGACUAGCCGACUUCGAUUGGACCAAGUGGUUGAUUUCGUGGUCGAACAAUGGAAAGCGGGUCGCGUGCGUGUUCACGAUGGUGGGACUUAGAAAAAGAUCUGUUGAAGAAAAAGUAUCUGCAAGAUUGUGGAUCUUUGACGGGGAGACUGGUAGGAGUAUCGCGGAAAGCGCGCCUUUGGAAGACGUUCGCUGUCUUUCAUGGUCGGAGGACGGGACGCGGUUGUGCUGUGGCGAGGUAUAUCGCAAGCAGAGUGGUGGCGAGCAGGGUGUGGUGUCGGUAUGGGACGGACGCUCGGGGAAGAGAAUAUCGAAAUUUGAUGAUUUUUUGGCAACGGCAAUAUCUCUGUCCGGGGAUGGGAGAUGGUUGGCUGCUUCCGGUGACGGCGGGGAGGUUUCUGUGAGGGACACAGAGACCGGGGCAGAAGUACGGCGGCACAUGGCGACAUACAGGGCGCGUGUUGUGGUCUUGGGCUGGCUAGAAGAUGGAAAGCGGAUGUUUUCUGCGGAUACGAAUUCCAAUAUUGUCAUUUGGAGGUGGGAUAAUCUGGAGAGGGUGCAGGAGGAGGAAGAGGAAGUCGACAAGGUCAACAAGGAAGGGCAAGAAUUCACGGCUGUUGCGUGGUCAAGCGAUGACAUAUGUGCUACUGUGGUUGGAGACGGAGACGUAGUGAUGUACGAUGUGAAGACGGGGAAGAAGAUGUGGGGGGAUGCUGAGACACACGCAAGCCCUGUGCAUUGUCUGGAGAUGUCUAGAGAUAGCAAGCGGGUGUUUACGGCAGCAGAAGAUGGAACGUUUGCGAUGUGGGACAGCAAGACGGGCGACAAGUUGUGGGAAUGCGGGGAGGCCUGGGCCAAGGAUGGUUACGGUGGUUACGCAAAAGCAUGUUGGUCCAAAGCAUGUUGGUCCAAAGCAUGUUGGUCCAAUGAUGGGACGAGGGUGUUCGUGUCGUUUGGAAGGGGGAUGGGGUUGUGGGACGGGAAGACUGGGAACAAGUUAUGGGAGAGAAUCACGGACACCUACAUGUGGAUCGGGUGCAUGGCGUGGGCUGGAAACGACACGAAGAUCGCGCUUGGCAGUUGGAGUAACGAGGGCAGGGUCGUGCUGUUAAGCGCCAGAACGGGAGAGGCGAUCAGGGUGGCAUGUGGGCAUACAGAUGGCGGGGUCGUGCUGCGGGGCGCCAAAACAGGAGAGACGAUGGGCGAUGCCCCCGAACGUGUCCCAGAUUCGGUCGGCCUGAAAUGGGCUGCGGACCGCGGUCUGCUUGAGUGGUAUUCAGACGAAUUUGCAGACGAAGUUCACAUAGAUUGGUUCAACUUUGUGAAGCGGCCCUGGAGAGAAGGUGAAGAAGGUGUGCGGGCUUCGUUCUCUGUUGAGCGGGCUCCGUUCUCUGUUCGGCGGGCUCCGUUCUCUGUUGGGGCUCUGUUCUCCCCUUAUGAUACUCUUUCUCGCUCUUUUGCUUCGGUGAAGUGGUCUCCAGAUGACAAGUGGAUCGCGUCAACUGGAUAUGUUGAAAUUGAAAUUGAUGAAAAUGGGAAACCAAUCAGAGUCGGAGUUAUGAUCUGGAAUUGGGAGACAGGUGUAACAUAUCGGUACCAGUGCCAGCUCAAGAGAUCUCUUGGUGAAUUGACGGGCGACGCGUAGCCUUUGGAAUUGGAAGAGAGCUUGCGAUAUGGGAUAUUGAGACAGGGGUGAUGUUAAAGUAUAGCACAAACAGAAACAGGGUGAUAUUAAGGACAAACAGAAACAGUGAACCUCCAACGCAUAUUGCUUGGUUCCGGGACGGGUCGCGAAUAGCGACGGUGGAUGGAGGAACGUUACGAAUCCUGUCCGUGACGAGUCAAAGCGCUGUCUGCGAAAAGCAAUACGAUGAUGUUGGGUAUCUCAAAGAGAGCGAUCUGCGCCAGUUCAUCGAUACGAAUGAGGGCAAACUCACGGCGGCGGAUCUAGAGAGGAAACUGGAGAGGAAACUGAGGAGUCGGCAAAAACGAGAUGGAGUGUUCUACAAGACAGGAGAUGACGAAAUCCGCCUAGCAACCGUUGCGAGACUUGGUCGUUGGUUCUGUUCUACUUCAGGUCGGCACAUUGCGAUCCAGGUAGAAGCAAAACUGUACUUUUACGAGCUCGUGCAGUAGUGUGAUUGUGAGUGUGUGAAUAACCACUGGGCAAAAGGGGAUGUCCCGGCCAGGACAGGACAGGAGGGGUUGUACCCACGGUAUAUGUAGUAAGGGAUGAUGUGCCAGGAGAAAUUUGUAUGUAUUCGA